GGAACGCAGGUGUCGGCCUUUGUAGCAAAGGUGCUAAAUAUAGCCGAAAAUGACUUCCCCGUGAAUUGUACAUGGGGAGCGUUGGCCAUGGAGACCGUCACGGUGCAGGACGCGGAAACAGGUAACGUGGCGAGCGUUUGCACCAACUAGUCCAGUGGCGAUGGUUUCAUUGCCAUCCUCGUGGCAGGAGAAUGGCUAGAAGUGACGCUGCCCAAGAAGGAUGAUGGAGCGAGUGGUGGAGACGAAGGCUCUGUUGACGAUGACAAUUUUGGCGCAGCCACGAAUUCGUCGCCAUUGUAUGAAAAAGCAGGCAUGUUUACGCCGUAUGCUGUCGAAAAGCAAGGGCCGACGCAGUCCACGCGGAAACUCGGCACAUCAGUCAGCUGGCAACAGAAAUGCGACCGCCAACGCCAGAAACAAGAGAAAAAGGAUCGGACAUCGUUGCACGGGUUGCAGAGGCAGCUGGCGAACCAAGCUCUAUCAAAGGAAGACCGGCGCAUGGUAGAAGUAAAGAUCGUCGAGGCAUUGAAGGGCAUGUACAAACGACAACAAGAAGCACUCAUCAACGAAGAGAUUGAACGCGAGCACAAACGGUACAUCACAAUGGGUUUGGAGAAAUCCAUCAUGGGCAAGGCACGGCUCAAGCGGCAAUUCGACGUCGAUCGCGGCCAUCAUCGCAGCCAAAUCGAGCGCAUCAGGGAGGAAUGCAACAUGAGUUUGGCGGCGAUCAUGACCAAGUUUAACAUGCUGCGGUAACCACUUGGAUCUGGUGCUCCACG